CUUUCUUUCCUUUCCUAGGGUUUUAACAAGGGUUUUCUCCCCCAAUACCACUCUGCUACAAUAUUCAAUCCAACAUCAUCACACCAUGAAAAGAGCUUCAUCAAGACUCCUUCACUUCCAAUUCCAAAAACUCUUCUCCAAAUCUUCAAUCCCUCUCUUUUCCACCACUCAAUUUCCAUCACAUCCCACCAUCUACACCCACACCCACACCCAUCUCAACCCACACCCAAAAACCCAAUCUUCACUCUUUUCAACAAACCCAACUCAAAAUCACACCACUUUGUCCGACCCACAAAAACCCACUUCCCAAUUAUCAUCAAGACAACGAAAAAUCAAAGAAAGAUCACAACUUGUUGAUGAAUUCGAGGCUGCAAAAACAUCUGACGAAAUGAUCAAAGCGUUUGACCAAUUGGAGCCCAUUCUUGACGAGAAUGAGCUCGGUUUAGCCUGCUUGAAAAUUGGCCUUAAACUUGAUCAAGAAGGUGAGUACCCUGAUAAAGUUUUUGACUUUGCUAACAAAUGUUUAAAAAUCUUGGAUAACAACAAUAAUAAUGAUGAUAAUAAUAAUAAUGGUGAUUUGUUAUUGCCUCUUGCUAUGAACUUACAGUUGUUAGGUUCUGUUUGUUAUAGUUUGAAUAGGUUUAGUGAGAGUUUAGGGUAUUUGAAUAGAGCCAAUAGGAUUUUAGCAAAGUUAGAUGAAACAGUCGGUGACGGGUUCGAAAUUAAACAUGUGUUACAUGCUGUGCAUCUUAAUUUGGCCAACACAAAGAAUGCGAUGGGUAGGCGAGAAGACGCGAUCGGUAAUUUGAAAAAAUGUUUAGAGAUUAAGGAAAUGACGUUGGAGGAUGAUAGUCGGGAGCUUGGGAACGCGUAUAGGGAUAUGGCGGAAGCGUAUGUUGCGAUUUUGGAUUUUAAACAAGCGUUGCCGUAUUGUACGAAGGCGAUGGAGAUACAUAAGGUACAAUUAGGGAGUAAUUCGGUUGAGGUGGCGCAUGAUAGACGGUUGUUAGGUGUGAUUUAUACGGGUUUGGAAGAGCACGUGAAGGCGUUGGAACAAAAUCAGUUAUCGCAAAAGGUUUUGAAAAACUGGGGGCUUAGUUCGGACUUGCUUAGAGCGGAAAUCGAUGCGGCGAACAUGCAAAUCGCGUUAGGGAAGUUUGAUGAAGCGAUCAAUACUUUGAAAUCCGUUGUUCUUCAAACGGAUAAAGAAAGUGAAGAUCGCGCUAUGAUUUUCAUAUCGAUGGCGAAAGCUUUAUCUCAUCAAGAAAAGUUCACCGAAGCCAAACGGUGUUUACAAAUGUCAUGCGGGAUUUUAGAGAAAAAGGAAAGGUCGUCGCCUUUAGAAGUAUCCGAAGCGUAUAUGGAAAUAUCGAUGCAAUAUGAACAGAUGAAUGAGUUCGAGACUGCGAUUUCUUUAUUAAAGAAAGCACAGAAUAUGCUUGAAAAGAUACCAAACGAACAACAUUCGGUUGGUAGUGCUUCGGCUAGAAUUGGGUGGCUACUAUUGUUAACGGGUAAGGUACAAGAAUCGAUACCGUAUUUGGAAGAUGCGAUUGAGCGAUUGAAAGAGAAUUUCGGCUCCAAACAUUUUGGAGUUGGAUAUGUUUACAAUAAUUUAGGUGCGGCUUAUCUAGAACUCGAUAGACCUCAAUCGGCUGCACAAGUUUUUGCGCUGGCUAAGGAUAUUAUGGACACUUCACUUGGUCCGAAUCAUGUUGACUCAAUCGAAGCGUGUCAAAAUCUUUCAAAAGCGUAUAGCGCAAUGGGGAGCUACGCACUUGCGAUCAACUUUCAGGAAAAGGCGAUCGAUGGUUGGAGAGGGCAUGGACCGAGUGUAAAAGACGAACUCAAAGAAGCGAUUCGUGUUCUUGACGAACUAAAGGUGAAAGCUUGUGGUGGGCCCCAUGAUAACAUGGCGUUGCCGGCAAAUCAUCCUAGGAGAAGAAGCUCACGGUCUAAUGUUUCGGUCGAGUAAAGGUUAUCGAAUGCAAAUAAGAAUAUUAAAGGAAGCAUUUUGAAGAAAGUUUACUGCUUGAUUAAUUUCGCUUCUGGUGAGAGCUUGCUGUUGACUUCCGUUUAUAUAAGGUUUUGACUUUUGAUGAGAAGUUUUUGUUGCUAGAAAACUUUUGGCUUUGUGGGAUAUGUAUUAAAGAUAAUUUGAUAUAUGGAUUCUAAUUGGAAGCGCGUAAAGGUUAUUAAAUA